UUAAAGCGGACCUUUAAAAACUGCAGCUCCGGACAGGCAGAUAAAAGUGGGGGGGCCGGUGGUGGUCCGUGCGUAACGGAGGCAGAGGGGCUGCUGCUUUUUCCACUCUCGCUCUCUGUAAAAGUAUAGCCGAACUGUUCGGUGGCGGCGGAGCAACCAAUGAACAUAAAUGGUGCGUGGUGACGCAACAGGGCCCCGUUGAUAAGGAGCGGAGAGUCCAACCGGGACCUGAGAAGGAGGAACGGCGGUUUUGGGGGGCCAGCAAACACUCGCCUAUCAUCAGUCAACGUGAAGCCAACUCCUCCUCUUCUGCUGUUACGCACAUGCAUGCAGCCUCCUUUGGCAAAAGACAAAACAUUAACCAAACAGACUACUGUACAGGAAAACUGCCUCUCCCAGACGGCCGGCGGGAUUUUAUAAAGCAAAAGGCUGCGUGUUUUUAAAUACAUAGUUUUUAUUUUUCCACUUUUGGCUAUAAAGCAAAAGUAGUUUGAGCGACAUAAAUCAGCUGCUGUAAGCAUCAACUUGGACUGCUGAACCAGGAGGAGGGGAGGAAGCCUUCUUCUCACAGCUCAGGCUCCCUGUCAGCUUUUUUGGACAUAUCUUUUUUUGUUCCUCCAGACUGUGUGAUGCAGUAGAAGCUCAGCUCUGGCACUUCUACACAGUAACUUAGCAAGAAAAGAGCUUUUGCCAAUGCCUCGCAGACUGUCGAAACCCUGAAAUAUUACUCCAGGCAAGGAGGAGGCAUCGGUGCUGAGACCCAUGCAGCCGGGGCUUCCAUAGUUGGUAUGUUUAUUCACCGUACAUGGAAAAGAAAAUAUAGAAAGAGCAGUUGGUAAUGAGAGAGAAAUAAUACCUGAGAGAGAGAAAUAGAUCCCAGCAAGAGAAGCGGAAUCUGUGCGUUUAUUUAUGAAUUAAUCAUAGCUUAUUAAUAAUGAGAGCUGCAGAGAUUCGGAUGACGGUUUCCAUUGGCAGAUGAGACGUAGUGUGGAGAACACGUGUCCAAUUUUUCCCUCAUAUUUUUUCCUCCCUGAUCUGGAUUUCUCACUUGUCACGGCGAGGAAGGAAAAGCGAAAAAAGCGAGAAUUCUGAGCGGCAUUAUCGCGCAUGGUUUAUUGCCUCUGAUGGACAUCUUGGCUUGCAGAUCCGAAGAGAACAGUUAUAACAUCCUCCCCUCUGCGGCAACGAUGCUUUUCCAUGGCCUCCCUGGAGGCGACGUGCACGGUGUGGUGGAAGAAAUGGACCGGAGAGGAAAGAGCGAGUCAGCAGCGAUCAGCUCAGCCAUCGAUAUGGGGGAAACAGAGACGUCCAUGCCGUGUAUGACCAGCGAGCGCGUGGCCCUGUGCGCGGGCUGCGGCAGGAAGAUCGCGGACCGCUACUACCUGCUGGCCGUGGACAAGCAGUGGCACAUGCGCUGCCUCAAGUGCUGCGAGUGCAAACUCAACCUGGAGUCUGAGCUCACCUGCUUCAGCAAGGACGGCAGCAUCUACUGCAAGGAGGACUACUACAGAUUUUCGGUGCAGAGGUGCGCUCGGUGCCACCUGGGCAUCUCGGCCUCGGAGAUGGUGAUGCGGGCCCGGGACCUGGUCUACCACCUCAACUGCUUCACGUGCACCACCUGCAGCAAGAUGCUCACCACCGGAGACCACUUUGGCAUGAAGGACAGUCUGGUGUACUGUCGGCUGCACUUUGAGACUCUCAUCCAGGGAGAAUAUCAGACACAUUUUAACCACGCGGACGUUGUCCCGCACAAAGGCCUGGGCCCGGCCAACACUCUCGGACUAUCCUACUUCAACGGCGUGGGGACAGUGCAGAAAGGCCGGCCCAGGAAGAGGAAAAGCCCCGGACCGGGAGCCGAGCUGGCUGCUUAUAACGCAGCACUGAGCUGUAACGAGAACGACGGCGAGUCUAUGGACCGGGACUCCCAGUACAGCUCCAGCCAGAAAACCAAGCGAAUGCGGACGUCCUUCAAGCACCACCAGCUGAGGACCAUGAAGUCCUACUUUGCCAUCAACCACAACCCAGACGCCAAGGACCUCAAGCAGCUUGCCCAGAAGACAGGCCUCACCAAGCGGGUCUUGCAGGUCUGGUUCCAAAAUGCUCGGGCCAAAUUCAGGAGGAACCUGCUGCGGCAGGAGAGCACCGGGGUGGACAAGGCGUCCGACGGCUCCACGCUGCAGGGCGGGACGCCGUCGGGCCCAGCCUCGGAGAUCUCAAACGCCUCCAUGAGCCCCUCCAGCACGCCCACCACCCUGACAGACUUGACCAACCCCACCAUGCCCACCGUCACCUCCGUUCUCACCUCAGUGCCGGGCGGCAUGGACGUCCACGAGUGCCGGAGCCCGUCACAGACCACGCUGACCAGCCUCUUCUGAUGGACGGAGCCCUCUUUCACCGCAUCCCUCCCCCCAACCCCUCCUGGAUCUAAAACUGAGCACUGUUGAGUCCUUCGAACAUUAAACGGAUUAGUAAAGAGAAGGUAAUGGAAACAUAAAAAAAAAAGAUUUCAUUUCACUCUGAGCCCAUUAGAGACUAUUUGCAUAGUGAGGCGGCCAAGCCUUACAGAUGGAACAGUUGUUGUUAUUUUGAUGUUGUUGUCUUGUCGAGAACUGAGGAGACUUGAUUUGCAUUUUUCAAUGUUUACAGAGAGAGACUGCGGGGGGAAAAAACUGCUUAAUUUUUGGAAAUUCUCUUUUUCCAGCACAGUAUUUAUGUUGUUGUACAAGAGUCACUGUUAGAAGGAUUGUAAAAAAUUCUUUUUUUUGGAAAAUCUGAGAUUAAACACAGGUUAAAAUAU